AUGGAGAUUAAAGUGGUAGAACAAGAAACAUGCCAAAAUCUUGAUCAAGAAAAGAUAUCCCCUCUCUUAGAAGAAAACUUAAUCUUACCAGAAGUAGAAAAAAAUAUUAUACAAAAAGCAAUUACUCAAACAUUUCAAAGCACAUCACACUUAGCUAAUCUUCUUCCUACUGGUUCUGUUCUUGCUUUUCAACUUUUGUCACCAAUAUUCACAAAUCAAGGCCAUUGUGAAAAAAUUAGCAAAUGUUUAACUAUAUCACUUGUUGCACUAUGUGGACUAUCAUGUUUCAUAUUGAGUUUCACUGAUAGUUUUAAAGACAAGAAAGGGAAAAUUAGCUAUGGAUUCGCGACGAUUCGAGGUUUGUGGAUUAUAGAUGGAUCGGCAAGAAUUCCAAAUCAAAUUGCAAGGAAAUACAAGUUGAAAUUUAUUGAUUUCUUGCAUGGUUUUAUGUCAAUGUUGGUUUUUGGUGCUAUUGCUUUGUUUGAUCAAAGUGUGGUGAAUUGUUUUUAUCCAAAGCCUUCUGAUGAAAUAGAGGAAUUGCUUGUUGCUUUGCCCAUUGGAAUUGGAGUCAUUUGUAGUAUGUUUUUUGUUGUGUUUCCAACAAAGCGUCAUGGAAUUGGCUUUCCCCUCACCUCUAAUUAA